AAAUAUUGUUUGAACAAGCAGCCGGCAAUGGGUCUGGAUUCUACAACUGUGGCCUCUGCCGCUGUUUUAUGCGGGCCGUGAUGGCAACAGCGGCUUUGCUGGGGUCUGGGCAAGAACAAUGAGCUGUCAUGGGACCUGGAGCUCCGAUACGAUACGACACGACACGCUAGAGAUACGGCACGACACGCUAGAGAUACGGCACGAUACGAUAGGGAGUUGGUCUGCCGACAGUUCUCAACACGCCACAAGGAAGGCGGAGAGUGUCGCCCGGCGUCAUUCACGAUAUGGCCCUCGGUAAUUUCUCCACCGUUCCCCCGGAGAAUUGGACGGCUGCGCCGGCCGGCUGGGACGAGGGCGCUCAGUUGGGCCUGAGGGUGUCUCUGUUCGUGGUGCUGGGUCUCGUCACCCUGGCCACCAUCCUGUCCAACUCCUUCGUCCUGGUGACCAUCUGCCUGACCCGCAAGCUGCACACCCCGGCCAACUAUCUGAUCGGCUCCCUAGCCGUGACCGACCUGCUGGUGGCCAUCGUGGUGAUGCCCAUCAGCAUUGUCUACACCGUCAUCAAGACCUGGACCCUGGGGCAGAUCAUGUGCGACAUCUGGUUGUCCUCGGACAUCACCUUCUGCACCGCCUCCAUCCUCCACCUGUGCGUCAUCGCCUUGGACAGAUACUGGGCCAUCACCGACGCCUUGGAGUACACCAAGCGCCGAACCCCUACAAGAGCCGCCGUGAUGAUCGCAGUGGUCUGGGUCAUCUCAGUCAGUAUCUCCAUCCCACCCCUCUUCUGGAGACAGUCAAAGGCCCUGGAGGAGCUGAAGGACUGCACGGUAAACACCGACCAGAUAUUCUACACCAUCUACUCCACCUUCGGGGCGUUCUACAUCCCCAGUGUGUUGCUGGUCAUCUUGUACGGUCGGAUCUACCUGGCCGCAAGGUCGAGGAUCCAGAAGCCACCGUCGGCGUUCGGCAAGCGCUUCACCACCGCCCAGCUGGUCAGCGGUUCCACCGGCUCCUCGCUGUGCUCGGUGGGCUUCACCAGCCAGGAGAUCCUCCCUCACUCGGGAGAGUCGCCCAUCUACCUGAACCACGUCAAGGUGAAGGUGUCGGACAGCGUGCUGGAGAGGAAGCGCAUCUGCGCGGCCAGGGAGCGGAAAGCCACCAAGACGCUGGGCAUCAUCCUGGGAGCCUUCAUCUUCUGCUGGCUCCCCUUCUUCGUGGUGGUCCUGGUCAUUGGCACCUGCAAGGAGGCGUGUUGGUUCCACCCUGCCCUCUUUGACUUCUUUACCUGGCUCGGCUAUCUCAACUCGCUCAUCAACCCUGUCAUCUACACCGCCUUCAACGAGGACUUCAAGCGGGCAUUCCAGAAGCUGGUGCGUCUCAGAAGAUGCUGACAUAGAAACA